UCUAGAGCGGUAGCACGCCGUCGUCUUGGAAACGCUCCUUCAGCGUCGCAAGCCUGUGUGAGGUUGUAUGGACGGAUGAUGGAAGAAAACAGCAGAGAACAUCUCGAUACUGAUAAUGAAGCCGGGGCAGAGGAUGCUUUGGUGGGGAAUGUGAAUAAACUGAUGGUCACCCCUCCAGGAUACACUGGACCUCCCAAGAAAGGUCAUAUCAUCUUUGAUGCCUGCUUUGAGAGUGGUAACCUGGGCCGUGUUGACUACAUCAGUGAAUUUGAGUUUGAUCUCUUCAUCAGGCCUGACACAUGUAACCCACGCUUCAGAGUGUGGUUUAACUUCACAGUGGAAAAUGUUCGAGAGACACAGAGGGUGAUUUUCAACAUCGUGAACUUCAGCAAAACCAAGAGCCUGUACAGAGAUGGGAUCCCGGUGGUGAAGUCAACCAGCCGGCCUAAAUGGCCCUGA